AUGACGGCGACGGCGAUCCUGCUGAAGCAGAAGAAGGACCGCGAGGAGAAGCGGAAGGAGGAGGAGAAGCGCGAGGCCGAGGGCGCCGAGGACUUCCUCGUGGGCGCGGAGCGCGUGGACCAGUUCGAGCUGCUCUACCAGCACGAGGACGAGGUCUUCGGCGAUCUGGACAUCAACGACGGCGAGAACGCGGACUACACGUGGUUCGACGAAGAUCACUCAUCCUUCUACCUCGUGCCCUACGCGGAGGGCGUCUGCUCGCUGCCGCUGCCGGGCUGCUGGGCGUCGGUCUGCGCGGCCUUCGUGCGCCUGGCGCGGAACCCCCAGUUCGACAACCUCGUCAACGGCACCAUCGGCCUCGUCGCCGUCGCGUUCACGAUGCACAUCAUCGACUCGCCGGACCUCGGCCACCCGCACCGCGCGGGCCUGGGCUUCUUCGUCCGGUUCGUGAAGACCUGCUCCAUGGUCGUCUUCGCCGCGGAGAUGGGCGUGAAGAUCCUGGCGGAGGGGUCGCGGCCCCUGCGGUACUGGACGGGGCCCGAGAGCUCGAUCAACACGUUCGACUCGUCGAUCGUCGUCCUGUCGUUCGCGCUGAUGGGCGCGCACGGCGCGGGCGAGGCCAUCCUGCCGGUGCUGCGCCUCGCGCGCCUCAUCAAGCUCCUGAACCGGUCCGCGGAGACGCGGCGCGUGCUCUACGGCAUCAUCGCGGGCUUCAAGGCCAUGGCGUCGAUCGUCGUGCUCCUCGGCCUCAUCAUGUUCCUCUACGCGAUCAUCGGCGUCAAGUCCUUCGGCGAGAACGACCCGGCCCACUUCGGCACCGUGCCCAUCGCCAUGCUCACGCUCUUCGUCGCGUCGACGUGCAGCGACUGGAGCCACAUGCUCCAGAUCAACUACAAGGGCUGCGACAAGGGCGGCGGCGACUGGGGCUACGAGCGCGCGGACCGCCUCACCCAGUUCGAGACCAUGGUCGGCCGCUUCUACAACUACGACUGCCACGACCCGACGCCGCGGAAGCUGGACGCGAUCCUCUUCUUCUACUCCUACACGAUGCUCACGGCGUUCGUGGUCCUGAACCUCUUCAUCUCGGCCAUCGACAUGGCCAUGUUCGACAUCCUGUACGCGGACCAGGUCGAGGCCCACGAGGACCACAUCGAGGCGGACCCGAACCACGAGCCGCCGCCCAUCGUCGACAGCUCGAAGAUCGCCGCGCGCGACCGCGGCGGCGGCGGCGACGACGACGACGCGGCGCGGAAGCGGCGCCGGCAGCGCGCGUCCAUCGCCGCGGCCGCGGGCCUCGGCGUGUCGCCGGACUACGUCGCCGGCCACCGCAAGGCGGACCGCGAAGCCGUGCACGAACGGGCGGCGACCGUCGCGGAGACCGCGGGCCGGCGGACGUCGCUUUUAGGGGGCGCGGUCAAGGGCGCGCUCCACAGCGUCGCGCACGCGCACCUCGAGUUCAACGCCUUCCACCUGCCCCACGGUAUGGGCCAGCCGCUGCCCCACCCGCACCCGAAGACGGCGCUCCACGUCGCGGAGAAUCUCAUCGCGGGCGACGAGCGCGAGACGUUCGCCGAGACCCUGGACCUGCUGCUGACGUCCAAGGUGGAGCGGAACCGCUUCGUCAACGACGACGACAACACCCUGGGGUCCAUGCGCGUGCCCGUGUCGCUGGCCCGCGCCGUCUGCCAGAGCAAGCUCUUCCCCGUCAUGGUCAUCUUCUGCAUCGUCGCGGCCGGCGUCGUCGAGGCGCUGAGCGUGACGCCUUCCGAGCCCGUGCACGACGCGGCGCUCCGGUCCUGCGAGGCGGCGAUCCUGGCCGUGUUCCUCUUCGAGGCGGUGCUGAAGAUUUUGGCGUGCGGCCGCGCGCCGUACCGCUACUUCGCCGACGGGGGCAACGUCUUCGAUUUUCUGAUCUUGAUCAUCUCCGUGCUGGGCAUGAUCCCCCACGCGUCCAAGCUGCUGCCGGGCGUGGCCAUGCUGCGGCUCCUACGCUUGCUGAAGCUCGUGAACUUCUACCCCGCGCUGCACGUCGCCGUGUCGUCGCUGCUCAAGGCGUCGUCGAACGUCUUCUACGCGACGGUCGUGCUGGCGCUCGUGGUCUACGUCUACGCCGUCAUCGGCAUGCUCGUCUUCCGCGUCAACGACCCGGGCCACUUCGGGAACCUGGCCCAGGCCGUCGCGGCGGUCUGGGCCGUGUGCACGAUGGACGGCUGGGACGUGAUCAUGUACGUGAACAUGUACGGCUGCAGCCGCUUCGGCUACCCCUUCAACGACGUGCCCUGCCGCAACUCGCGCGCCUUCGGCUGGGUCAGCGCCUUCUACUUCUGCAGCCUCAUCCUCAUCGGCGCGUGGAUGCUGCCGACGGUGAUCAUCGGCAUCACGACGAUCGCGUUCGCGGAGUCGACGGAGGAGAUCAAGGAGGAGUACGUCCAGCUCGCCAUCGGCCAGAAGGCCGUGAACAAGGCCGCGGAUCUGUUCGACCAGGAGCCCAUCUCCUACGAGGUCAUCGACCAUCUGUACGACCUCUACCGGCGCCUCGCGGAGGAGCAGGUCAAGGCGAAGCUCGUCGAGUACAAGAUCCACACGACGAAGCAGCACGAGGCGAACGCGGGCCUGCGCUGGUUCACCAUGCGGCCCUUCCUCCAGUAUGUCGUCGGGGCCUUCGAGACGAACCUCGCGCCCGAGGGCCGGCGGAGGCCGUCGAAGGCGCGCCUGGACCGCUUCGUCGCGCUGGCCUGCGGCGUCAAGGACGUCGACGACGCGUCGUGCCAGUGGCCCACGUUCCUGUUCAUGCUGAACUUCAUCCAGUCGACGGCGAAGUACCAGCGGCCCGCCGUCGACUACGACCUCGACGGCGAGGAGGAGUCGGACGAGGAGGAGGCGCCGCCGCCGGCGAAGGCCGACCGCGUCUCCAAGGCCCGCUUCGGCAAGGGCUGGCGCAAGAAGGCCAAGGGCUGGUUCGGCGGCGACGAGGAGGCCAAGGACUCGACGACGAUCGAACUGGGCGCCGUCUCCGACAAGGUCGCGGAGGAGGUCGAGGAGCUCGAGGGGGAGGCCGGGGCGGCGGUGAGCGGCCUCGAGACGGGGCUCGAGAGCGCGUCGACCCAGCUCGGCGACCUCGUGCGGGAGAAGGUCAUCCCCGAGUUCGUCGUCGACGCGGCCGAGGACCCGUACAAACACCUCACGCCCGUGUCGCCGGACCCCCAGGUCUUCUGCGGCGGCUUCCUCUCGCCCGUGUCCGACGGCGCCCGGGACGACAGCAACGUCGACUGCUCCACGGACGGCCCCUUCGCCUUCUUCACGUCGAACAUGGAGGCGUACCCGCCGCUGACGGACGGCGCGGGGAGCCCCGUCGCGCCCAAGGCGGAGACGCCCAAGCCGAAGAAGAAGAAGAAGCCCAAGCCGUCGAAGAAAGCGCCGCGUCGUGCGCGCGUGCGCGGUCGCGUCGUCGCACCGACACAUUCGUCGUCGUCGCAGCGCGCGCGCGUCCUCGCCGCGCGCAUGUCGGACAUGGUCGGCGGCGCCUACGGCGUCGCGGCGCUGGCGGCGACGGGCGCCGCCGUCGCCGCCGGCGCCUACGCGCUGCGGCGGCGCGCGCGCCGGAAGGCCGACGCGGAGGCGUCGGCGGCGUUCCGGCGGCGCAAGUCCGUGGAGAAGCCCUGGCAGGAGUCGCAGAAGAAGGGCACGAACAGCUACUACUACGGCCACCACACGCGUCCGAGCGACGGGCUCGACGCCGCGACGUACACGAUGAACGGGCCGCGGCGCCUCGACCCGGCGACGAAGCGGCCCCUCGACGAGGCGCCGGCGGCCGAGGGCGCGUCGUCGCCGCGCGCGCCCGUGGCGACGUCGCCCGCCAAGGCCGCGGCCGAGAUCAAGCGGAUCUCGCAGUACAGCUGGAGCCAGACCGACGACCAGAUCAAGAUCUGCGUCGAGCCCAGCGGCUGGAACUUUGCGACCAUCGCCGCCGAGGACGUGUCCGUCGAGCUCACGUCGCCGACGAGCCUCAAGGCCCUCGUGGCCUACGACGGCGCGCCGCACGCUCUCGUGCUCACGCGGCUCCGGGGCAAGAUCGCCAAGCUCGCCUGGAAGAAGACGAAGAAGCGCCUCGUCAUCACGCUGGACAAGCAGGACAACGUCCUCGGCUGGGACAAGGAGUGGAAGGAGCUCGUCUCGGACAAGAAGAUGAAGGAGAAGGAGGACGAGGAGGACGCGGACGAGGCCGACUGA